CAAAAAGCUUCAACCAACAAAAUGGUGAUCCCAACGCCACCACCAAGGCCACCACCGAAGCCACUGUUCAGGGGAUUUCGGCUUACCGGUCAUCAUAUCAAAAAAGGAUUCGACAAAGACAAGUUGAGAAUGUACCUCCUAAGAGUCAAAAACGAAAACCAAGAAUCCGAACGAGUUAAUCAAGAUCAUAAACUCCUCCCUUUGUCCAAAAUCACCAGACGACCCGAUCAAGACCAAAACGGGCACACUCGUUCCAAACCUGGUACGGUCGAGGUGGUCGAAGGGAGCGGGAGCGGAACCAUACCACAUGAAUGGGUGAUCUCGAUAAGUGAGAAGCUCGAGCAAGCAAAUAGAGACGAUGACAGAACUAGUAGGGGCAAGCUCUGUAUCUACAAAGUUCAAUAUUACCUCCACGAAAAGGACAACAAGUCAUAUUUCCCUCAGACCGUCUCGCUUGGUCCGUACCAUCAUGGAGAAAAGCAAACUCAGUCCAUGGAGUGCCACAAAUGGCGUGCGGUCAAUAAGGUCUUGAAACGUUCGAAGCAAGGCAUUGAAGUGUUUAUUGAUGCCAUGAUAGAGCUCGAGGAGAGGGUUCGUGCUUGCUAUGAAGGUCCCAUUAAUUUAAACAGUUAUGAGUUCACAGAAAUGCUUGUUCUCGAUGGCUGUUUUGUUCUCGAACUCCUCAGAGGAGUCGAGGAAGGGUUCUCGAAACUCGGAUACGAUCGCAACGAUCCAGUUUUUGCGAUUCGAGGAUCCAUGCAUUCGAUUCAACGUGACAUGAUAAUGCUGGAAAAUCAGCUUCCUUUGGUCGUACUUAACCGGUUAUUAGAACUACAGAACCAAACCGGUUCGGUGGCGCAGUUAGCAGUUCGGUUCUUUGACCCAUUGAUGCCAACGGCCGAGACAUCGGCCGAGAACUCGUUGGCGAGAGGCAUAUCCAUUGACCCAUCAACCGACUUAGGCGAGUUGCACUGUCUCGAUGUUUUCCGGCGAAGCCUACUCUUCCCUAGACCGGAGCCAAAGACAUCAGGAAAGAAAAUGAAAUGGGGUUCGCGCGUGGCCGACAAACGCCUACAACAAAUAGUACCUACCGUGACCGAAUUAAGGGAUGCCGGUUUUCAGUUCAAGAGAAGGAAAACCGACCGGUUUUGGGAUAUUAAAUUCAACAACGGUUAUCUAGAAAUACCGAGUCUUCAUAUCCAUGAGAGUACCAAGUCUCUCUUCUUGAAUCUCAUAGCUUUCGAGCAGUGCCAUACCGACUCAAGCAACGACAUAACAUCAUACAUAAUUUUUAUGGACAGUCUAAUAGAUUCUCCGGAAGAUGUUAGUUACUUGCAUCAAUGUGGUAUCAUCGAGCACUCGCUAGGGAGUUAUUCUGAUGUUGCGAAUGUGUUCAACCAGCUAUGUCAGGAAGUGGUAUUCAACACCAAUGAUAUUUAUUUAUCUCAAGUGUUGACUGAGGUUCUUCAAUGCUAUAACCAGAACUUCUUCAGGAAAUGGAACGCUUGGAAGUCGACUUUGAAACACAAGUACUUCGAUAGCCCUUGGGCAUAUUUCUCUUUCUUUGCUGCAGUUAUUCUCCUAGUUCUCACAUUAUCUCAAACUUACUUUGCUGGUUAUGAAUAUUUUUCUUGAUCUUCAUGAUUACUAUCCUGUGGUUUUUCUCUUUCGUUCAAUUUGGAAUGCUUUGAGUUCUGAAACAUGUUGUAUUUUCUUUUAAUUUAAAUACAAACAUUUGCAUUGUAA